AUGAUCUGCCAGAACGUUGCUCGCGCUUCCCGAAGCGGUCUCCGCUCUGCUACCCUCCUUGGCCGACGAACCUUGGUCACCCAGGAAGAGCGAUGGACUCUCGAGACCGCACGCAACGCAGGCGCCUUCAUCGAGGGCCCCAACAAGGUCCAGCUUAGCCACGUCGUCCCCAACAUUGAGGCCAGCUGGAAGACCUUGUCCAAGGAGGAGCAGUACGGUGUUUUCCGUCAAUUGGAAGAGCUUCAGAGGAAGGACUGGAAGGAGCUCAGCCUUGACGAGAAGAAGGCCGCUUACUUUGUCUCGUUUGGCCCCCAUGGCCCUCGCAAGCCCCUCACUUCUCCUGGUCAGGGCGCCAAGACACUUGGCGGUGUUCUUGCCGCCCUCGGUAUCACCUCUGGUAUCUUCUACCUCAUGCGAGCCAACGGUGGCGCUCCCGUCAAGACCAUGACCAAGGAGUGGCAAGAAGCCUCGAACGAACUCGCGCUUGAACAGAAGCAGAAUCCCAUCACUGGUAUCGCCAGCGAAAACUACAAGGGCAAGGGUCACGUUCAGUCCGCAUAA